GCGAGUCGCAUUCUUUUUCCCCUCGUCUCCGUCUGCGAGCCCGCUACAAGAGGAAGGAGCAAGACUCCGGUGACGAUGCACUGGGUUCAGGCGAAUUCCUCCGAUUUCGGGGGUUCGCUUCCUCGUCCACGAAGUGGUCAUACUGCCGUCAACGUUGGGAAAUCGAUGGUCGUAGUCUUUGGAGGCCUCGUGGAGAAGCGGUUCCUAAAUGAUCUAUGCGUCUAUGAUACCGAAAACAAAGUCUGGUUCCAGCCAGAAUGUACGGGGAACGAGUCUGAUGGGCAAGUUGGCCCAUGCCCUCGAGCUUUUCAUGUUGCUGUGGCUAUCGAUUGCCAUAUGUUUGUUUUUGGUGGUCGUUCUGGUAACAAAAGGCUGCGGGAUUUCUGGAUGCUUGAUACAGAUAUUUGGCAAUGGACAGAACUAAGCAGUUAUGGUGAUUUGCCUUCAGCACGUGAUUUUGCUGCUGCUGCAGCCAUUGGGAACCGUAAAAUUGUGAUGUAUGGUGGGUGGGAUGGUAAAAAGUGGUUAUCAGAUGUUUAUGUCUUGGACACAAUGUCUCUCGAGUGGAUGGAGUUGUCUGUUUUGGGUUCUUUGCCACCACCUAGGUGUGGGCAUACUGCAACUAUGAUCGAGAAACGCAUGCUUAUUUUUGGUGGUAGAGGAGGUGGUGGCCCUAUUAUGGGUGAUUUGUGGGCAUUGAAGGGUCUUGUUGAAGAGGGUGAGACCCCAGGAUGGACAAUGUUGAAGCUACCUGGUCAAUCUCCUUCUCCUCGUUGUGGUCACACAGUAACUUCAAAUGGAAACCACCUUUUGUUAUUUGGUGGACAUGGAACUGGUGGAUGGCUAAGCCGAUAUGAUGUUUACCAUAAUGAUUGUAUUGUUUUGGACAGAGUGUCUGUGCAGUGGAAGCGCAUGGUAACAAGUAACGACCCUCCUGCUCGAGCAUAUCAUUCCAUGACUUGCAUAGGUUCUCGCUAUCUAUUGUUUGGUGGUUAUGAUGGAAAGUCUACCUAUGGUGAUUUGUGGUGGUUGGUUCCAGAAGAUGAUCCUAUUGCAAAGCGGUCAGGUCCCUCUCGAGAAACCAAUUCUUCAGAAAGCACUUAUGUUAUGUCCAGUACUUUGGACAAACCUAUGAAGGAAGAUGAUGCAUCUAUUACGACUGAGUUGCAUAAAAGAUUGGGUAUUUCGGUAUCUAUUCCUUCAGAAUCUGACGGUGGACUUGUUGACGAAGUGAAUGACAAGGAGCUUCUUGAUCUGUCAUCAAGGCUUGCUUCAAAAAUGAAUAUAACAACUCACAAUGAGACUGAUCUUGUUCAGGCCCUUCGGGAACACUGGAUGAAAUGUUCGGCAAGGUCAAUACAGCUGCAAGAGCUUGGGCCACUCCUCCGAGACUAUCAACGUUUGGUCUCCAGGUCACUAUCAGCCUUUUGUGGAGGUUUGGUGCAUUGCUUUUAUAAAGAAAUAUGCAGACUCUACUUAUUCUGGCACGCCAGUUUUUCACUUCUUCCAUGUGAGGAAUGCUUCUCAGUUGCGUAUGAGUGACAUCCCUAAAUUGCUGAACGAGUAUCAUCUACUUCUCUCAAACGGAGGCGUGGAGCAUGGAUAGUCUGUUUUUCGUAGUUCUUGUUGCUGAGGUGUCAAGUAUUUGUAUGUACGCACCACGCCAAUCUGAUGGAGUGGGGUCUCUAAUGCGGUUAUGCUUUCAACAUUUGAAGAAGCUAACAUGGUAUGCCUUUUGUAAUUUGAUUGUUUUGUAGUUUGAUGACUAUUUUUUUUCCAAAGGUACCAAUAUGAUCAAAACCUCAAAAUAUACUUUACGCCA